AUGGGACAGAGCUCCAAGGAUGACUCAGCCACCGCCGGCGAUGAUUCAUCCGCCGGCGACCUCCCCGAUUCCAAUUCAGGCCUCUUCUCUGAAGGAGAGAAAGUCCUCGCCUAUCACGGUCCUCGCAUCUACGAAGCCAAGGCAUACCGUCUGAUGAAACAUACUGAAGAGAACGUCCUGAAGCAGCAGGCCCUUGACAAAAAACAGGGCAUGGACAAGAAUGCAAAACCAGGUCGAUCGGCACAAACAAGGCCAAAAAGUUCUACUGAUGCAAAAAUGGAUAAAGAGGACUUGAAGAAUAACGUGGCAAAGGGGAAGAAGCGAAAGGGUGACUCGGGAGUUGAGACGGACAACAUUGCUGGUGAAAAGCUCGUCAAGAUUCAAAUCCCAUCUACUCUGAAAAAGCAACUAGUUGAUGAUUGGGAGUCCAUUACUCAGCAGGAUAAGGUCCUUAUUUUUGGGAUCAUUCUCUCAUCACGUAACUUCUUUCAUUUGGUGCUGCUUGAAAAUGAUUUUGUUGACAUUAGUUGUUAUGUAGAAACCACAGUAACAUAG